UAUUAUUAUUUAUUGAAAAAAAAAGUCAUCUUCUUGUACUGAUCCUUAAAAGAUAUUAAUCUUCGUCGUCGCCGAUCACAGAAAUCUCAACCUCACAAAAAAAAAAAAAAAAAAAAAAAGAAAAGAGAAGACUGCUUGACGAGUUCUGACCGAUUCUACAACUCAAUCCGAGUUCGCCUGAGUCACGACGGAUCUAAUCUACUCGCCGGUCUGAGUUAUCGAUCGUUUGGAGCUCUGUUUGGAUAGUCGUCUAAUGUGAACGAGUGUUGGUAAGGAAGGGGAAGAGGAUCCGAAUUCGACGAAUAUGGAUCGGUCUGCGAUUACAGUCGGACCGGGUAUGGAUUUGCCGAUCAUGCAUGAUAGUGACCGAUAUGACCUUGUUAGAGACAUCGGUUCUGGAAACUUCGGCGUCGCUAGGUUGAUGAGAGACAAGCAAACCAGGGAGCUUGUUGCUGUCAAGUACAUCGAGCGAGGAGAGAAGAUUGAUGAGAAUGUUCAAAGAGAAAUUAUUAACCACAGGUCUUUGAGGCACCCGAACAUAGUCAGAUUUAAGGAGGUCAUUUUGACACCUACCCAUUUAGCUAUCGUGAUGGAAUAUGCAUCAGGAGGAGAACUUUUUGGGCGAAUAUGCAAUGCGGGUCGCUUCAGUGAGGAUGAGGCUCGUUUCUUUUUUCAACAGCUCAUAUCUGGUGUCAGCUAUUGCCAUGCAAUGCAAGUAUGCCACCGUGACUUGAAGUUGGAAAAUACUCUGUUGGACGGAAGUCCAGCUCCUCGGUUAAAGAUAUGCGACUUUGGUUAUUCAAAGUCCUCAGUGCUGCACUCACAACCAAAAUCCACAGUAGGAACGCCUGCAUACAUUGCCCCCGAAGUACUGUUGAGGCAAGAGUAUGAUGGCAAGAUUGCAGAUGUUUGGUCUUGUGGAGUAACCUUAUAUGUAAUGUUGGUGGGAGCUUAUCCGUUUGAGGAUCCUGAUGAACCAAGAGAUUUCCGGAAGACAAUACAAAGAAUUCUGAGUGUCCAGUAUUCAAUCCCAGAAGUUGUUCAAAUAUCUCAGGAGUGUCGUGAGCUAAUAUCAAAAAUUUUUGUUGCUGAUCCAGCUACGAGAAUUACCAUUCCUGAGAUAAGGAAUCAUGAGUGGUUUCUGAAGAACCUCCCUGCGGACCUAAUGGAUGAGAGGGGCAGUCAGUUCGAAGAGCCUGAUCAACCCAUGCAGAGCCUUGAUGCAAUAAUGCAGAUAAUUGCUGAGGCCACAAUUCCAGCAGCUGGGACUCUCGGCCUUAACCAAUAUAUGACAGACAACCUGGACAUGGAUGACGACAUGGACGACUUAGACUCCGAUUCUGAGCUAGAUGUUGAGAGCAGUGGUGAAAUAAUCUAUGCCAUUUGAUUGCUAGACACAGCUGCUGGUAGUUUCAAAGAAAAAUCUUCCAAUGAAAGCACGUUGCUUUUUUUUUUUUUUUUUUGAGUUAUGGUCUUGCCCGAAGAACCAGCUAUGGGAAUGUAUGAUAGUCUUUGAUAGGUUAGAAUAGGUAAUUGUUACUUGGAGUCAUCAGUAAUGUUCAUAACAACAUGCAGUUUUAUACCUUAUGUUUUAUGGAGGCAUUUGAAGUUUAGUGCUUUAUGAGAGAUGUGGUAAAGUGGAAUGAACAAAAGACUGUGAUAAUCCCCACACCCUCAUUCCUCCCCCCUUCCAUUGAACCUAUUUUUAUUUAUUAUUGCAUUUCGAUUGGUCCUGUACUCUCUUUUCACUCUCUUGUUUAUUUGGUCACAAAAAAUGUGUUUGUAUACUUUGUAACAAUAGCUGUCUCACAAUUUUUAUAUGAAAUUUGGUAGUUUAGUGAUUACUAUUAUUA